UUGGGUCACGUAUAUUGCUUGUUGGUGCGAUUGUACCAAUUCGCACGAAUUGGAUGCAAAUCAAGGCAAUCUUGCAUCCAAGUUAAUCUACUGUUCAGCUGUAAGACUGGGUUGGGUACAAGAUUGCGAUCCCCGAGUCAUCAUGGAAUUUCCAUUCAUGCGAGCAUUUGUGGCUCUUUUUGUUUACCGCUAUCUCCGCUUGGUGGUCAAUCUGGUCUCCUUUUGGACUUUCAAGCCUAUUCCUCUUCCCGAAAACCCAGCCCUCACUGCUCAAGAUGUCACGGUGAUACUUCCCACAUUGGAGGGCUGCGGCGAUGAACUUGUGGAGACGAUAAGGACGAUACUCGAUAAUCAUCCCUUUGAACUGCUUCUGGUGACUAUUGAAGCGAACAAGAAAAAGGCUGAACACAUGCUGAGCUUGAUGCCUGCUUCGAAGUCCAAAAUUCGCUUGUUCACUGUGACGCACCCGAAUAAGCGGCGCCAGAUGACGCGUGCGAUUCCAGAAGUACGUACAACUAUCACAGUCUUUGCAGAUGACGAUGUGAGCUGGCCACGCACAGUACUCCCUUGGAUUCUGGCGCCUUUCGAAAAAGAUGAGCGAUUCGGUGGUGUAGUAACCUGUCAACGGCUGCGACGGGCCAUCGCACCAACCAUGUCCGAGCGCAUAUGGGGGUAUCUUGGUGCCUUAUAUCUUGAGCGACGAAAUUUUGACUGCGCAGCCACCACACACAUUGAUGGAGGGUUGCCAUGCAUGUCCGGGCGUACGGUGGCUUAUAAAACUAAGAUCUUACAAGAUGAAGGAUUCACAUAUGCCUUCACGAAUGAAGAAUGGUGGUUUGGUAAAUAUCAGUUGAAUGCUGAUGAUGACAACUUCAUCACUCGCUGGAUGGUCUCUCAUGGCUGGGAGACUUACAUGCAGUACCAUCCUGAAGCCGAGGUCUUGACCACGCUAGAAAAUAAUCCAAAAUUUUUGAAGCAAUGCGCACGCUGGUCACGCAGCAACUGGAGGAGCAACAUCACAAGCAUGUUUCAUGAGAAGCACAUUUGGUAGUAAGUUUCCCUUGUCAGUUUAUUUUCGACACAUUCGUUGGUUCUCUUGUUCAGUCUUCAAAUCGGUUUGAGCGUAAUGGGUAUCUAUCAUUUCAUCCCAGUGCGCUAUUUGAAUCAACCAUGCCGCCAGUAAUUCCAUACGGAUGCUUUUGAACUGUU